GGCGGAGCGGCGGGCAGCGCUGCGGCACGGCACUGCGGCAGCGCCGCGCUCCGCCCCGGCCCCGGGCACGGCGGGGAGAGACGGGGGGCACGGCGGCGGCGGGCGCUGCCGCGGGGCGGGGGCAUCGUCGGCAUCAUCAGCAUCAUCGGCAUCAUCGGCAUCAUCAGCAUCAUCAGCAUCUUCAGCAUCAUCAGCAUCCUCAGCAUCAUCGGCAUCAUCAGCAUCGGCAGCAUCGGCAGCAUCAGCAUCGUGCGAGCGGGAGCAGCGGGCGCGCAGGUGCAGGAGGAGAGUUCGGGAGUUCCUCUGAUUCCAUCUUGGGAGGAUAUUUUAAACAUAAAAUCAAAAGGAUUGAAGUAGAACUCUCCUGUGAUCUCCUCACCUCACGGGCCUGUGUUCAACAGAACCAAUCCUGGUUCGCAGCCAGCUGAAUAUACCACUGAAGGAAAAUGAACGUACUUAACAGCCACUGCUUUUUGUACUUUCUGCCUACCACACGCCUUGUCAUCUUAUUAGCAGCUUUGACGACUGCUGAGGAUGUGACUAAUAGCACUUUCGACCGCACUGACAUGAACACGGGAUCUGUGCCUGUGGUGGUCUCCCGCAUCGACCAUAUUGUAGUCAGGGAGGGAAGCAGUGCCUUGAUUGACUGCAAUGUCCAAGGUAGUCCUAGUCCUCAUUACAGAUGGUACAAUUCCAAUGGGCGCCUUCUCCAAGAAGACAAUAAAGCAGGAAAGUGGUGGUUCCUUGACAACGGGCUACUAAACAUUACCAGUGUGUCUUUUGAAGACAGAGGUAAAUACACAUGCGUUGCAUCUAAUAUGCAUGGCAGCGUUAACAAUACUGUGACCCUGAGGGUUGUUUUUACCUCAGGAGAUAUGGGAAUCUAUUACAUGAUUGUCUGCCUUGUAGCUUUUACCAUUGUUAUGAUACUGAACAUUACUCGGUUAUGUAUGAUGAGCAGUCAUCUGAAGAAAACAGAGAAAGCAAUCAAUGAAUUCUUCAGAACAGAAGGGGCAGAGAAACUCCAGAAAGCCUUUGAGAUUGCAAAGCGUAUCCCAAUUAUCACUUCAGCUAAAACACUCGAGCUGGCCAAAGUAACCCAGUUCAAGACCAUGGAAUUUGCACGUUAUAUUGAAGAGCUUGCUCGGAGCGUACCUUUGCCACCUCUCAUCAUGAACUGCAGGACUAUAAUGGAAGAAAUCAUGGAGGUGGUUGGUCUGGAGGAUCAAGGACAAAAUUUUGUACGGCAGACAGCAGAAGGCCAGGAAACCACUGAAACAGAUGAGCUGUAUAUGAUCCCGAAUGCUUUGAAGCGCAGUGACUCUCCCACAGCUGAUUCUGAUGCAUCGUCACUGCACGAGCCACCUCAACAGAUUGCAAUAAAAGUGUCAGUUCAUCCGUUGUCCCAAAAGGACUCCAUGGAUGGUCAGUCACAAGAAGGCAUGCAGUUGGACACCAAGGAAGAAGAUAGUCCUCAAACACCAGCACUUCCUGCAGAGGCCCCUCCUGAGCCUUCUCCUGAACUCAGUUCUGAUGACACAGCAUUGGCAAAUGACAAAAAUACAUGCAUUAUAUAUGAAAGCCAUGUAUGAUAGUUACUCCUGAAUCUAUGCAUAGCAGGAAAAUCAGGUGGAGCUCUUUUAAAAAUACAUAUUGUACUUGCCGCUAAGCCUUACCUGGAGACUAUCAUAGCAAAAGCAUGUAUGUGGGUUAUUUGGCACUUUCUUCUCAGUUUGACUUUAGUUUACCACGAUGUAUGGCAGAGUAAUUGCUAUUACAUUAAUAUUAAUUGCUCUUUUUGAUUAGGAGUAUUUCCAAGAAACAUUUACCUCAACAUUUUCUAGGUUGGAGUCACCUGUAGUGGCCUCCUGGAAGUCAUUGGCAGACUUUGAUGUAGGACACUUGAGCAUACUAAGCAUAAAACUGGUUUUCAUUUUCCUCCUUCAUUCUUGUUAUUUCCAUCUGUUGCAUUUUUGCAAAUAUUAUCUUGUGAAUUUGAAAUAUUGCCCAGCAAUAUUGAGGCAGCACUCCAGUAGCCAAAUAAAAUCCUAAUAGAUCCCAUUUACAAAGCCUGUUUGCUCAGCUGCAUUGUGAUUUAGAGGGCUAUUAAAGAAAGUUAAAAUGUUUCCAUUUCAUUUGAGACCACACUGCUUAGGCGCAAGGGAAACAGUUUUCCCUUUUCCAUGCAACCAAGAUGCCAACCUUUUUUUUUUUCACAUCAAGAAACAACUUUGAGGUGUAUUUUACAAAUAGCAAAGCCAAUACGCAUCUUACAGAAAGUUGCAGUCACAAUAGCUCUGCAGGAUUUUUUGUGCAUAUUUGACCUUUUUUUAUUUUGCCAGAAGUUUAUACGGAAAACAACUGCAAAUAUGCAAGAUGUGUUGUUUUGUAGGAAUUUGGUAGGAAUAAGCGUGCGCUGCCUUACCAGAAGGUAUGCAGAUUCCUUAGCAGUCCUGCAAAUGCCAAUAAUCAGUUGAUGACAUUGCCGACAGGGAAAAGACCCUUUUAUUUGGAUUCUCAGUUUUGUACAGAUUAAUAUUCUAAAGAUCAAGCCUAAAUUCAUCUAUAAGCAUAAGUUUGAGAUUGUUUUAUCCAAACAAAUAAAAAUUAAUAAUCAAGUGUCCUGUGAAAUUACAGUGAUGAUCACACAAACUGUUUACUGUGUUAUAAUUGCUUCGGUGUGUUAAAAAUCUCCUACUUAUGUAGGGUGUUUAUGGUUUGAGUACAUGUGGCUUUUCCCUAGUAAAGCUUUAAUGAUUACAGCGAUUAUGGUAUUAAAAAGGAUCAACACUUAUGCUGGGAAAUACCAGGAGUGGAAGGGAAGCGAUGAUUUCUGUUGCAGAGAGACAAUAAUACAGACCUUCUCUGGAGUCAAUCUGGAAAGAAAGCACUUACAAGGAGGAGUUUGUGUAAGAUUAAUAGCAUAGUUAACACACAUUUAAUUUGGAACUAAUGAACAAACUAUCACCUGAUAGUUUUUAAGGAGGACUGAGGUGUAAGUAUAGAUACUCAAAAUAAAUCUGGAAUCUAGUACAUAAUCCAGAAAACACUUGAGUCCAUGGGGAAAUGAUGCAUGAAUGGCUCUCCGGACAUUUUAUAGAAGUAGCUACAUCUGUAUAAGGUGUGGAGACAAUCAGCUGUAUUAACUGCACAAGUAAUUGAGACCAAACAAAGUCAAUGUUGCAGCUAUCUAAAAAAACCCUUGAUAAUGAACUUAAAAGAAUACUUUUAAGAUUCAGCUGGACAAGGUACUGGGCCAUCUUGUCUAGACUGUGCUUUUGCCAAGACAGGUAGGACCAGGUGAUCCUUGAGGUCCCUUCCAACCUGGUAUUCUAGAUUCACUAGCAGUGUAAUACAGGAAUACCUCGUGACUUACAUAGGUGGUACAGAGAAGGCUCCGUAUUUACCUAUUGUUAUUUAAAAAAACCCACGUGUUUAAUAAUGGACUUAAGGUUUUGCAACCAACUUGUGAAAAUUAGAGCAUUUUAGUUGCCUACUGUUUGUUCUCACCACAGUGGCAGACGUCUAUAUAAAAUGCAUUUGCACAUGCCCAAAAGGAAACAUGCAAGGGGAGAGUCCCUUUGGGAAUGUGACUGGAAAUAUUUUAGUUCCAGUGAAGCAAUAUAAAUUUAGAACACAGGGUAGAUCAAGAGAAUACCAUACAGAACCUCACUUCUGACCAAUGUGAUUGAAAAUACUACUGAUGCAAACUGUUAACUUCUUGUCUGUGUCCAAAGUACAUUUCUAUUUAGUGUUCACAUCAGUUUUUCAAGUGACUUAUUUUGCUUCUGGUAUGAGAAAGGAGGAAGGCAGAAACAAAAGCAGGAGCUUGCACUAAAUUCUUUAAUUCACCUUAACCUCCUGAAGAGAGGCAUCUUGAUAGUGCUCAUGCAUUCUAAAGUUCCCUGCUUGAUGCCUAACAAAGACUGCACAGAUAAACAAGGAUGUUCUACUCGAAAGAAUUAAAAAAACUUUAAAAUUAUGCUUCAAAAUAAAAUGUUUCAAAAUUAUGUAUUCAACUGCAGUAUUUUAAUUGCUUUUAAUUAUGAACUUUUUACAGUAGAGACUAGACCCGUUCAUGUAUAUAUACGGUGACUGGUACCAGGCAGUUCUGAUCCUGACUGCUGUCUUCAGGCUGUCCUCCAGCUUGUUUAUUAUUUAUUUAUUGAGAAACAUUUGAGAGCAAAUGAUCCCCAUGGGUUUUUUUCAGUUUCUCUGUGCAAAUUUCCUUGAAGAUACAGAAUAUGUUUUUUUUCCAAAGGUUGCCCACAAAGAGCAUAUAUUUGAAGUACACACAAAUUUUCAUUGCUAACCACGUGAACAGCAGCUAUUUGGAUUAGACGCAUAUAAUGUAGUGAAUCCUGUUGUUGCAAAGUCAAAGAGAAACUUGAGUUUCCUGGAGCUGGACUCUCUCGGAGCUGAGAAUUCACAGGUAGGACUGGUCUAGCCAGUCUGCUAUGAAGUCUUUGGACAUUUAGCUUUGUUGUAUUAACAGAAUGAAAACAGAAGAGCACUGUAUUACAGAUUGUAAUGGUUCUGGUUUAUGUAUUUUUUCUGUUACCAUGUGUGCUGCUUGGUAUUUUAUGCAUCCAUUAUAUAACACUUGUAAGCAUAAAGCUUUUUUACAUGUUUUCAGGCACUUCCUUUGUGGGAGUAGAUGGGAAGUAAGGUCCAAACCUGUCUUUCCUGUUCCAAGCUUUCUGGCUAUGCUGUUAUAAAGUAAACAAUUCUGUCUUGCGGUGUUUCUUAGGGAAUGGCUGUUUUAUGGUGCAAGAACACAAUUAACAAAUAUAAAAUUAAUGAUGGCUCUAAGAAUACCUUAACAUUUGUAAUUUUAUAUAUUUUCAUGCACCUUAAGCACUUCAGGGACAAGAGAGUGAUCUGUUCCCCUGUGUGGACUAUGCACACCUUUUGUUACAUUGUUCUAUUUAUUGUAUCAUCAAACACUAAAAUGUUCAGAAAAUGUAAAAAAACUAGUCCAACUGAAUUUGCCUUCUAAAAGCAUAAGGAAGACCCAGCCAGAUUUAGAAAGGAAAAAUAGAUUUGCGCCAUUUUAUAAUAUUUUUUUCCCAAAACUUCAUGAAACAUGAGUAGAUUUCUGCAGCACAAAUCAGUGUUGGAUUUGCAUUUUACACUUACUAUUCUUUUUGCACUAAAUGUAAGACUGUAUUAAUGAGACCACUUGAACAUAGUACUCACUAUCUACUUACUUAAUAUUUUAUUUUAGAGCAAAACUUGUUUACUGCUGAUCCUCUUUUGUUCUCUGAUUUUAGUAUGCUUGUGAUGAAACCUACCCUUCAGUCAUUUUUUGAGACUGUCAUUUAAAAAAUUGAAAAGAACUCAUAGAUUAACCUUUUUAUGCAGGUUUAUUGGUAUUAGUUGAGACAUAGCAAUUCAGUUUUGUGCUUAAAAAUUACUGUAUAAUCAUAAGUUUUGCAGAACGGCACAUACGGGCAGAUAUUGAUUUUUCUAAAAUCAGUGCCUGUUUUAUUCUAAUAUACAUAUUAUAUCAGUUCCUUGAUUUGCAGUUACCUUUUGUCAAAAGUACUGUAACAGUUAACCAGGGCUUUAUGAUGUUCGAUUUGGUUCAGAUCAACUAAUUCUGGAAAGUCUUAUUAGUGUUAAAUUUUAAAAGUUCUCAUGGAAUAUUUUGGCAGCAUGCUAUUUCAGAAGUGCCCUCCUAAAUGUGCCAUACUUAGUGGGGCAAACUGAGAGCUUCUUAGAUGCAAAGGAAAUGCUUGCACUAAAGUAUCUUUAAGUUAUAUUUCAUUUACUAUUAAAUCCUUUUAGAUUUUACAAGAAAUGUAAGACAAAUAUGAAUGUGUUCUUUUGAGAAAGUUACUGUAUUUUGAUUUAAAUAACUGUUAAGAUUUUAUAGUUCACAGCCAUAAACCACAAAGAGACCAGUUCAUGCUGAAAUGCAAUGUGAUCCAGCUUGUAAAUUGAUCAUUGUUUCAAUAAAGAAUUUGCUCAGAGUAUGCCAAGAUUGUACACCCUCAACAGAUGAUGGCUUCCUACUAGGAGUGUGCCAUUGCUCCAGUUCAGGUGGAAGUAAACUGUGUCUUUCAUUGAACAUCUGCUGAUAUUCCAGAAAGCUUAAUCGGGAGAAACAUUUACCUAGAAAGGAAGCUUUAAUAAACCUUUGUAAGGGAGCUGUUGUCAUUAUUCAGAAUAUAGACCAAAUUGUUAAUCGGAGUUAUUAAUAGCCUAGAUUGCUCAUGUAUGUAGCGUCUUCUCUUUGGAAGCAUGCCAGCGCUUCUGCAUGUAAUCCAAGGGGCUUUUUUUGUCAGCUGUUUCCUCUCUCAGCCUUGUCAUGGAGUCUUGCAAAAGGUCUUGCUGCUGUUCCAGAAUUGGGGCCCAGAAACUAAGUACCAGAGGCCCCCUAGUACCAACAUCAAAUAGAAGUGACGGUUGCUAUAUCCACCCUUAUUCCUUCAACUACCCUAAAAGGAUGAGGUGAAAUGGCUUUGCUGUCUCACAGCAGCUGAAAUAUAUCAGUCCCUGGCAAGACUUAGUUGAAGCAGAUGCUGUACUACCUUGUCCUGUCUCCGCUGGUGCUGCACAACUAGCAGCCAGUGGCAGUCACUGACAGAGGUGGAGUGAGAGGGACUUGCCUUUUCACGCAUGAAAGAUUUGCUCUUGCCCACUGCCUGUUCUAGGCUGAAAAACAUAGCAAUUAGCAGGCAAACAACAGCUAUUUGUUUCAUUUUUUAACUGUGCUGUUUGAAAGAGUUCUCCAAUUUUGAAAACUAUUUUCAAAAACACUUUUAUUCAACAGUUUCAGUUGAGUUAAAGUUGCUGAGAGACAGCCAGAAUUUAUCUGAAGAUAUCUAUGAAAAUAGCGAAGGGGUCACAAACUGAUCAUACAAGUGGAAAACGUAUGGCUAGAGCCACAGGUUAUUCUCUUGUUUCAGAAUGGGAUCCUGUCUUGCCAUUGGGGCAGUUUGAUGCUGUGACUUUUUUUCAUCUAGAACAGCACUGCUUCGGGACGCUCCCCUCCAGCACGCCAAACUCCUCCAACAGCUUUGUUGGAGCAUUUUUCAGCAAGGCAGAGUACCACCAGUAAGGUGCGUCCAGUGAGCUCUACCCUCUUGAAGGCUGUGAAACAGACUCUUUCUGCCUGCAGUGCUUCCUUCAAAGAGAAGGUGUUUAUCCUGUGGAGGAGGCUGCCUUACAUCAGUACUACAGAGGCACUCCAAAACUAAAAGCUGCUGUGUCUCCACAGAGAUUAAGAGGGGGACAGUAAAGGGCCUCAGCAUUCCUACUAAGACUGGAGCCAGGGAAAGAUGGUGUACAGCUCAGGGUUUGGACCUCAGAUAUUUGCAGUGCUGCAACACCGCUUUUCCACAGGACUGAAUGUUUUCUACCCUACAUCCUGCACCAGUGCCUGGAAUAUCCAGCUAAGAGGCUUGAGAAUCAGUUCCUUUUCAGUGUCCAUUUCUUCCAUCCCUUCCUCUCCCCAUCUUACAUCCUGCACUUUUCUCUGUCCUCACCAGCUCUGUAGUGCUACUUCUCAAAAUGAGAACAGAGUGAUAUUAGUGGGUGGGGAGACUGUUUCUGCACCUCUCUUCCAAACUGACCUUUCAUAAGUCUCAAAAAGGAGUUUUUUCCCCAGCUAUACCAGGCUCUAAUGUUAUGUUCUAUAGUUAACUUUAUAGUUUCCAGGCCCAAACUGAAUAAUUAUACUCUUACAAUAAAGGUUGACUUGUGAAUCCAUGGUAUCAUGUAUAAGUCUGUAAAUUAGUCAAAGACAGUAACAUAAAAUGAAGCCAAGUUACCAAUUUCUUUGUCAAAAUCAGAAUGUGUGGCAGCAAACAAAUGUGACAGACUUAGGACACCCAAGUUAUGCAACAAGAAGCUAUUUCAUACCACAAGACGAGGCAAGAAGGAGAAAAUUUAACAGCCAACCUUCUAUGGCAUUGACAAUACACGUAAAACUUUGCUUAUAACUGAGUAGAAACGCAGCAUCAGAAUCAAAUCAAUUUCUCAUUCUAUAGCCGCUUUCUAUUUUAAGAACAGAUUCCCUUAACUCUAACUAGACAUUAACUCUAACUGCAGGCAUUGCAGGCAUGGAAACACUAUAGGAAUUAUCAGAAAGAGCCAUGUCUCCUUCAUCUACCAUUUCAAAAAUUAUUUUCAGGACUAUUUAGCUACGCAUCAAACGCCAAACACAUCUGCCACCCUCCCCUGUUGUGGAGCCACAGAGUUUGGGACUCCCAUUUGAGAUGGACUAGCUGAUGUCUCUGAAAUUUCUCUGUCUUCACUUGCAUGGGUUUUGAUUAUACCACCCAAUAAACCACUCAUUUAUUAAUGGCUGAGGCCCUGGCAUUCUCAAUUGAUAAUCGGAGAGAAGUAAAAUAAAUGCUGCCACCACUUCCCUCCUUCUAAAGCCUUUUAUUGCUUCUACCUCAAGGUUAGCCUUGAUGGACAGAUAGCUUCCACAUUGUUUGUGUAUCCUUUAACUCCUUCCUGCUGGUGAACAUUACCAUAGUCAGAAAUCAGGAUUAAAACAAAAUAUCACCCAGCAAAAGAAGCUUCCUUCUAAGGAGGCAAGCAUAGAUCUUGCCUGUUUCAGAUGCUUCAUUAUCCUUCUGUCUAAUAUGUGCAGAGUAAACAGCCUCAGGAAAAUGCAGUAAAAAUAGAAAGAAAUUUAAGGAGAUUUAAAUGGAAAUUUUUUCUCCACACUCAAAAUAUCCAGAGGUGAUUUAUCUUCAAAGUAUGUUAAAUUCUAACUCAUUUAAUCGCAUGUUCCUUUGUUUUUAAACAUUCUCAUGUGGAGAAAAAUGAGAUUCCUAAAAAGCCCAAAAUUUUCACCCCUAGACACAAAGUAAAUAAUCAGAAAAAUAGGAAAAAUAUUCCCCAGCACUUCUCUCAGGAUACCUUUCAUCAGGAAAUAUGUUUCUAGUCCUUUUUAUGGUUCUGCUUAGGUUACUGCAGCUUUCUUAAGGGACUGGUGGAAGUGCAAUUUUUUUCUGCUGUCUUCUUCUUGGUUCAAUAUUCUCUACCCUCUGUGGUCUCUUCUUUGUGUAUAAAAAUCAAUACUCCAGUGAAGAUUUAACUUCUUAUUUCUUUUCCCCAUGAUAGCGUUUAAUUUUUAUACUUUUGUGUGUGUGUGUGUGCUUUCUUUUCCCCUUUGAUUUGUUUUGUUUGCCCUAAAAUUCCUCACAUUUUAAAAUAAACCAGAGGAUCCUAAUGUUUUUUCAGUUACCUGUUUUUGGGUAGGUUCACUCAUACCCAUUUGUAUAAUUUGACUUAACAUCUCUGAAGUUGGUGCAGGAUGAAUUAAUCAAUAGGCUGCAGCAUGUUUCUUUUGCAGAACAACAUCAACAGAAUGGGUAAGGCCAUAAUUCCCAAGAUACAAGUGAAAUAAGUUUCCUCAGUCAUAGAGGGGUCUAUGAAUAUGUUAUGUUCUGCUGUUUGUUCAUUUCAAAAAAGUCACAUAUGAUACAUCUCUGUCUUAAAUAACGUUUCUUUUUGCUUAUCUCCUACCAUGUAUGAACUAGCACAUUUGCACAGACCCUACACUGGUACAUCAGCUAUCCAUUAUCUGGAUUGGUUUAUCUUAUUUAUUGGAUAGCUUGCUAAGUGCAGGGGCCUCUCUACAUUAGAUAAUUUUUAAGAGACUGCAGACAGCUUGGUGACGCUAUGUAAAUAAUAUUCGUUUCAAAUGCAUUUAUAAAGGCUUUUUCACAUUUUUAUAAUUGAAAUGCUGUAUUUCUAUAUAGGCUGAUAUCUACAUGUUAAUGGUCUGGUUUUAUGUAUUCUUUUAACAAGAAACUCCAGUUUUUCAUAAGUGUGCAGUAAAAUGACAGUAAC